AUGGCUGUGGAAUACGAACGAUUAGAAAACGAAGCAAAAAAGCUCCCACAACAAACCCCGUCUUCCCUAACGGUCAAUAGAUUAAAUACUUUCCUCUUGGAUUGUGCUAUAAACCCGCAAAUGAAGAGUGAUUAUGAUAAUACGAUGAGUGUUUUUGAGUGGACAGACAGCACUGCUACUUAUAUCAAUUUUGCCUAUGAUUUAUUUAAAAUCUCCAAUAUGUCCACAUUAACACAGCAACGUUCGCGUAAAUUAACUUUGGCUUACCAAAUAGCUAAUGGAGUUGAGAAUAUAAGGACCGAGCCCUCUUCUUCACCACACUUUGCAUUUGUUGAUGUUUUGGAAAAGUAUUUUAGAAUUUGUAAUACUAAACCUAUUAAACAGGGUGAUAUUCCUUUCGAGUUCAAACUUUAUCACAACUUUAUUGAACGUUCUGUUUUAAGUUGUAUUAUUGAAAUUAAAUAUUUUGUCGUUCCAAAAAGUCGAACUUCAGACGGGCAAAUGGUUUGUAUGCAAAAAAUGUUAUGGCUAAUAAAUAAUGGAGUAAUUGAAUAUUUACAUGUGGUUGCCCCCCACGAGGAUUGGCAUUAUGAAGAUUGUGCAGGGAUUGUUGGGAAAAAACAGGCAAAUUUUGGAGAGAUUUUUAAAUUAAUUUUAAUUAAUUUUUAA